AUGGGUGCUAUUAAGCUGUAUGGCUAUCAACGCCGCUGGCUUGAAGAUGACAGUCGCUUUAAGAUUGCGAUGUUUGCCAGACAGACAGGUAAAACAUUCAUCACAACGUUAGGCAUUGUUGAUAAUUGUCUAGACGCAAUGGUUGCUGGCAAGCGUGAGCGUUGGGUUAUUUUGUCGCGAGGUGAGCGUCAAGCGCGUGAAGCAAUAAACGAAGGUAUUAAAAAGCACUGUAGAGCCUAUCAGGUAGCCUUUGAAGCACUAGAGUAUGACUGGGCUGGCAGUGGUGGCAGCUACCGUGCACUAGAGGUGGAUCUGCCUGGCGGUAGUAAAAUUACUGCACUGCCUGCUAAUCCUGAUACUGCACGUGGGUUUAGUGCGAAUGUCUUUUUAGAUGAGUUCGCCUUUCAUCAAGACAGUAGAAAAAUAUGGCAAGCACUUUUUCCUGUCAUCUCUAAAGGCUUUAAGCUUCGUGUUACGAGCACCCCUAACGGAAAAGAUAACAAAUUCUAUGAGCUGAUGACCGAUAAAAGCGGUCGUUGGUCGAAGCAUCUUGUCAACAUCUAUCAAGCAGUUGAAGAUGGCUUAGAUCGUAAUAUUGAAGAACUAAGAGAAGCAAUUGGUGACGAAGACGCUUGGGCUCAAGAAUUUGAAUGUAAAUGGCUAGAUGAGGCUAGCGCGUGGCUACCUUAUGACUUAAUCUCUUCUGUUGAAGAUGAGGCUGCUGGUAUUCCAGAAACGUAUCAAGGCAACCCAUGUUUUAUCGGUAAUGACAUUGCGGUACGCAAUGACCUGUGGGUUGCCUGGGUCUUAGAGCUUGUCGGUGAUGUUUUAUGGACACGGGAGGUUCGUGUUUUAAAACGGGCUCCCUUUGCAGAGCAAGACGCGGUUCUUGAUGAAUUAAUGAAUAAAUAUAAGGUUGUACGUCUAGCAAUGGAUCAGACAGGUCUUGGUGAGAAACCUGUUGAAGAUGCUAUACGUAGAUACGGUGAAUACGUAACCGAAGGUGUUCUCUUUAGUAAUAGCAAUAAGUACAUGCUGGCAACAGUUGGUAAAGAAUGCUUUGAGGAUCGUAGACUUAGGAUUCCCGCAGGUCAGCCUAAACUACGUACUGAUCUUCAUAAAUUAAAAAAGACCACAACACAAACAGGCGCACCAAAAUUUGUUGCAGAAUCUGAUAGCUCAGGGCAUGCCGAUCGUGCUUGGGCUCUGUUUCUAUCUAUUUACGCAGCUAGUCAAGCUGGCGGCCCUGUAGAGUUUGCAGCUACAGAUGAUCGCAACCAAUACGCAGAAGAUAUUCAAGAUGUUGGGCAUAUCCAUGAAGAUAUCGGAUUUGGUGUUGUCCAUAAUGGUCAAGAUUUAUAUGGCUUUUAA